CGUCGCCCCGCGGAGGUGCAGCUGCCGAACGCUGUGCCCUGGACUGUGCCGCUGAGACCGUGCGUGUCUUCGUUGACCGGUUGUGAGUUGUGUGGCAGUGCCAGACGGAGGUGCGAAGUCGGUCCACGGUUUGGAUAGCGACAGGAGUGCGCGCCAGUGAGCAUUAGAGCAGCUGUUUGUGACCAAAGAGGAGAGACAGAAGACACCAAUCACCAGCCAUGGCCAUCACCAGCCUCAUGGGAGAUGUCGCGAUGACCAUCAAGGGCAAAAUGCCCGGUCAGGUCAACAUUGACAACAAGGUGUUCCAGCUCCACUACCGACUCACCACCUUCCUCUUUCUCGGAUUCUCCAUUCUGUCGACGACGACGAGUCUGAUCGGGCACCCGAUCAACUGUUUCUGCCGCGACUGCGAGGAGAAGGGCAUCAGCAAAGAGGUGAUCGACACCCACUGCUGGAUUACCGGCACAUACACGCUGCCCAACAAGAGCGCCGUCACCAUGCGCAAAAUCGGCUUCGAGAGCCAUUUCUACGGCCUGGGCACUCAGGAACCAAACGAGUACCGCAAGUACCACCUGUAUUACCAGUGGGUGCCGUUUGUCUUAUUCAUACAGGGCGUGCUGUUCUACCUGCCACACUGGAUGUGGGAAAUUAACGAGGACGGUAGGGUGCACGCGCUGGUUCAUGACAUGCGUCUGCCUAACAUGGACAAAGACACGCUCAAGAAGAAGAUAGGCAAUCUGAGCAUGUACGUCAACGAAACACUCGGAUCCUACGAUGGCUACUACUUACGCUUCCUCUUGUGCGAUUUUCUAAACAUUGUCAACGUGUUCGCCAACAUGUUUCUUAUCGACCACUUCAUCAACCAUGAGUUCUUGACCUACGGCCCGCGAUGUGCUCGCUACUUCCAAGACCCGAGCAAGGUGGACGUCAGCCCCCUGACCUUCACCUUCCCGAAGCUGACCAAGUGUGAGUUCCAGCUGUACGGCGUGUCCGGCACCGUGCAGAACCUGGACGCCCUCUGCGUGCUGGCGCUCAACAUCCUCAACGAGAAGGUGUACCUCUUCCUCUGGUUCUGGCUGGUCAUCCUCAGCUGCAUCACCUGCGUCGUCUUCUUCUUCCGCACGUCACUCAUGUUCGUGAAGCGAUUCCGCGUGCCUCUCUUCCAGCGGCGCGCUCACACACUACGAUCACAGGACAUCAAGGACGUGGUGCGCAACAUCAAGGUCGGCGACUUCUUCUUCCUCAGUCUGUUGGCUAAGAACCUGGACAUCACGGCUUUCCGGAUGUUCCUGGCGCAUCUGGCGCGGGCGAUGAGGAAGCAGGGUGGUUUGGGCCCGGCUGCCAGGAGCGCUCAGGGUCGGCGACUGCCCACUGGUGGUCACACUGGUCAGAGUCAGCAUCAGGAGGGUCACGUUGCCAGACAGAGCGCUCGGGAUGGCGAGGCAGCACCGCUGGCCCCGAAAGAACCAGCGGGAAACAGCACCGUCAGUACCGCAGAGAUCGUGGCUUACCACUUGAAUGACGUGUGAAUGAUCAUAAUGACUGUGAGUGAGUAACUGAAUGAGUGGGUGGUGAGCGAGUGAGCGAGUGGGCGAGUGGGCGAGUGGGUGAGUGAGUGAAUGAGUGUGUGAAUGGAAUGGAUGAGUGAGUGCGUGGCUGCGUGAGCAAGCAUUUUUCUAAGUAAAAAAGAACAACGAACGGAAGGAGGAAGGAAAUGAUAUGCCGGCGAAUGAAAGAUGAAUGGCUUUGCCCACGUUUUUACAGUACCUAUACAUACACAAAAUUUUGGAGUUGAAUGAGAAUGAGAUUUUCACAAAUUGGAAGGUCAUUUCGGAAGCUUGAAUUACCUGGUGAGAAAGUGAAAAAUGAAAGUGUGUUGAAAGAAUGAAAGAUGGUCGCGCUUAUUCUAGUGUCAUUUGCAUUCUAUGUGCUUUCAGUUAAGCUCUAUCAAGCGCCUUGCAACACUGUGCUUUUCAUUUCAUUGCCGAGUAUGACAAGACAGCAUAAACCUAUCAUUUUUAGGAGCACAAUGCACGUGUAAAUAGUUAUAUGUUUUUCUUGAACAAUGUUUCAGUUAAACUAGCACAAAGUUAUCAGAAGUUCUGCAACAGAGGAUAGCGCUCGCCUCGUAUCUCAGUGGGCAGGCCGUCAUACGCCUGACAUUGAGCCCGGCGGCGCGCGGAUCACAGUCGUUCAGGCGUUCAAUGCUCCUCAGAUGAAGGCGAUUUGCGGUUGGCGGGAGCAGCCGCAGCCAAUUAAAGUCGUUAAACGGGCGGUGACCGCAACUAUCUUGGCACGCUCCAACCUUUGUCUCUAAAUCCUCGCAGAUCUCCCGAGUUUGGUAAAAUGUGACUGUGGUCAAGGAGUGCGUGAUACGCCAUUGUGCAGCGUGCACGCGCUCUGACUAGUCGAUCUUUUCAUCCUAGUUAUUGGUAUGUACUUAUUUAUUAUGAAAACAAGUUCGGGUGUUGAUGUCGGCAUUGAUGCAGCUAAAUUCUAGAUUUUGGUUUUAUUACAUGCUGUUUGAGACUGAACAUCUGAACACUACUGUCGGUAAUCCUACUUAGUUGUAGCCAAUUAUUUAUUCAUUAUCAACAGAUUUACAUUUAUCAUUCUAUUUAAGCAGUGCUAGAUGUCCGUAUAUCCGUGUGCCCAGUUAGCCCAUCAUGCGGUUAGUCCUUUGGCCGUUAGCUGGCAUUGAACCUUCCAUGCUAGUCAUUGUGCUCCCUAAGCGGUUUGUUCUGUAGACCAACAGCCUUAUGCCAAAGAUAAUUCUCGUCUACUGUAGCGUGUGUGUCAGUAGGUACGAACAUGCGCGCUUUUGAGAGGAAUAACUGAUUGAUGGUGCAACAAUGUGACACACGUGGGUCACAUUGGGAUUUGCCAUGGAGCUCCUGAUGAGCUUACCGCUUAAUGGUUGUCGUAACAAAGCAGGGUUCUGGGAAGCCGAGAGGGAUGGGGUAGAGGGUGAUAACGACGAAAAAAUCGCCCCCGGUGGUUAGGGUACACCACCGGCCAGCAUGGGAUGAUCGCGGAUAUUCGCACAACACUGGACAGUGGACACACAUCCAGCUAAAGGAUAAUUUAUUUUAUGUGGACACACUUCCUCUUCCAAGUUCUGCUGUAUCAGGUGUUUUAGCGUGCCAAUGCAUUCAACAGGGUACUUGCCGAUAGUUAAGUCAGGUCAAGUCACUAGUACUCUACUAGUCAAGUCAAAUCUAGCCCUGCUCGGUUCCCCAUUUCACAAAAAGUUGAUCGCAAUCAUUGAAUUCUAGUCAUGUUUGUACAGCUAUUGGUCGCGAAUGUUACGUGGCAGGGCAUACUUAGAUGCAGGCCUUGGUGCCAUCCGGAGAAGCGAUGCAUGAUUGCAACCUCCACUGCAAUAACUUCGCCCACACGCAGAUGGUCGUUUCAGAUAAUUCAUAUCAGCAUUUUAUUAUGUCAUAGAUAUGUAGAUAUAGCCGGAUAUAAUUUUCUUUAUCUCUCUAUUUUGUAUUAGAAUAUUAUCUAUCAACCUUAACUUAGAUUCGACGUCAGAAACCAGCUGAAUAAUUCAAUAGUGCGAGUUUAAUUAAGUUUAUCCGACAUUGUGAUGGGUGGACAUUAUUGUAUUUGCAAUGCACCUUUGUUUGCAUUACCCUACAGCUGCCCAUUAGUCAGCCCAAGUAUUAUCGUAAGUAAUGUUUGACUGAUCUUUCUCAAGGCUAAGGACCAAAAGGCGUUGAUAACGUACUCUGCUACCGGCACGGCACAUUAUAGGACCUAAUGUGCAUAACCUCAUCAAGUGACCAAUGUCAUCCAUAGUGUAUAAAUGUUCAAUCAGAAAAAAAACACACUGGAUGCACUAAUUAAUAAAUCAUUUUUAAGCUUUCUCUGAACGUAAACGAUUGCGAAAAUGUCGCGAUUUCUGAACUAUUUGCACACCGCACAGGCUGUUGAAUGCAAGCUGCAAUCAUGGGGGGUUGUGGCGGUUAUAUGAGCGAGCGCUAAAUGAUUGUUGAUGUCAAGAUGUGUGCGCUGCCCCUGUCUCAGUUUCGCUCGUCAUACUCGUACGCUACUUGGGAUUAUGGAUAGGUAGGACUGUCGGCUGUUCUGUGUAAAUUUUGAGCCGUGUCUCUAUGUAUGUGCGUUUUAUUGUGUUAGAGUAUUGCUUCCUCGCAUGUAGUUGGUUACUAGUUACCUAUCAUCAACACUUGCUUUAUUGGUAUUUUUAUUGCCAGGUAAUGCGUGCCUUUCUCAUCAGUCAUCCAUCCAUGGUGAGACUGUCUCCAUGGAACUUGUUUUCGCCAAGCUGUCACAGAGAUUGACAAAUGAUACGGCAUUUUACUGAAAGUCGUACCUGUCAUCGCUUGCAAUAUGAGAGUAGAUGCUACAAAGGACGCCAAUGAAUGGUUCUCUGCUGUCAUUUCACCUCCAGAGACCUGUCGUAAAACGUGUAAAUGGUUUUGUUGAUCUUGAUAUGCUGAUCUGCAUGUAGCAAAUAUACUUAUGUACUUAACCUA